AUGUGUCCAAUAACAAUGGGGAGUUCCGUAGCCGCAAGGUUACAGAGUCUGCUUUGGGUUUGCUUCCGGCUGGCAGAACUAGCCAUGAAAACGCACAUAGCUAAAUGUAUAAUAUCAGUAACAUUGCUGCUAAGCCUGGCAGCAAAUCUUGCUGCUGGGCGAAUAGCAUUUGAAAAAUUAACGGAUUACGACUUUCAAGGCACAACAUACUAUAGCGUAAAAAAUCUUUCUUUGUAUGAAUGCCAAGGAUGGUGCCGAGAGGAACCAGAUUGUCAGGCUGCAGCAUUCAGUUUUGUCGUCAACCCGCUAACUCCAGCCCAAGAGACUUUGUGUCAACUUCAAAAUGUGACCGCUGCCAAUAAUCCAGCCAGCACACCACAGCGAUCAUCUAGUAUGUACUAUAUGGUUAAGCUACAGUUGCGUUCAGAUAACGCCUGCCAACGGCCCUGGAACUUCGAACGCCUUCCUAAUAAGAUGAUCCGAGGUCUAGACAAUGCUCUAAUAUAUACUAGUACAAAAGAAGCUUGUCUGUCAGCCUGCCUGAAUGAAAAAAGAUUCAUUUGCCGUUCUGUAGAAUACGACUAUAACAAUAUGAAAUGUGUUCUCAGUGAUUCCGAUCGAAGAACCACAGGACAAAUUGUUCAAUUAGUGGAUGCACAAGGUGUUGAUUAUUUCGAAAACCUUUGCUUGAAACCGGGCCAAGCAUGCAAAUUUACCAGACUGUUCCAGCUCCCGCGAACUGGAGUUUCGGAGGACAAGGUUUCUCAGUAUGUCGGAUUACACUACUACACUGACAAGGAACUACAAGUUACUUCAGACGCAGCUUGCAAACUCGCGUGUGAAAUUGAAACAGAGUUUUUGUGUCGUUCUGUUCUAUACAUGGGAAGCCCAUCAGGAUCACAAUACAACUGCCGCCUGUAUCACCUUGAUCACAAGUCACUGCCUGAUGGACCAUCAACAUAUUUGAACGGAGAGCGCCCGCUAAUCGAUAUCGGAGAACCGUCUGGAGUAUAUUACGAAAACAUGUGUGAAAAGGCAUCUCAAGGAGACACAACAUUACCAGUAGUAUUCGAUGCAGUGCAGGAUGAAGGAAUAAAUAAUUUAACGCGAAAUGAUGCAAACUGUGAUAAGACUGGAACUUGCUACGAUGUAUCUGUACAUUGCAAGGACACAAGAAUUGCUGUUCAAGUGAGAACAAAUAAACCAUUCAACGGUAGAAUCUACGCUUUAGGGCGAUCCGAAACCUGUAACAUCGAUGUGAUUAAUUCCGAUUCCUUUAGACUUGAUUUAACUAUGGGUGGACAAGAUUGUAACACACAGAGUGCUACUGGUAUCUACAGUAAUACAGUUGUAUUGCAACAUCAUUCGGUAGUUAUGACAAAGGCGGAUAAAAUUUACAAAGUAAAAUGUACCUACGACAUGAGUUCAAAGAAUAUUUCAUUCGGAAUGCUGCCAAUUCGUGAUCCUGAGAUGAUACACAUUAACUCUUCUCCAGAAGCACCACCACCAAGGAUUCGCAUUUUAGAUGCAAGAAGUCGCGAAGUGGAAACAGUUCGUAUCGGAGAUCGAUUAACAUUCCGAAUUGAAAUUCCAGAGGAUACUCCAUAUGGUAUCUUUGCUCGAUCAUGUGUCGCUAUGGCAAAGGAUUCAAAAAGUACCUUCCAAAUCAUCGAUGACGACGGAUGCCCAGUCGAUCCAAGCAUAUUUCCCGCAUUCACCCAAGAUGGAAACGCAUUACAGUCAAUAUAUGAGGCAUUCAGAUUUACAGAAAGCUAUGGUGUAAUUUUCCAGUGCAACGUCAAAUAUUGUCUAGGCCCUUGUGAACCGGCUGUUUGUGAAUGGGGACGAGAUUCUGUAGAGUCUUGGGGCAGAAAGCGACGUUCGCUGACAAGGAAUGAGACAGGAGCUGGUGAAGAAGAGGAGGAAGAUAUGAAUAUUUCCCAAGAAAUUCUAGUUCUCGAUUUUGGUGACGAAAAAAACCGAGACUUUUUACGAAGUGAAGCUAGCACAGAAUACGGAAAAGAUAAAACAGUGACUAUCAUCGAACCAUGUCCCACAAAGACAUCAGUGCUAGCCCUUGCAGUUACAUGUUCUUUGAUGGUACUGGUAUAUUUAUCUACGUUAUUCUGUUAUUACAUGAAAAAAUGGAUCCAACCACAUAAAAUAAUGGCUUAAAUCAAUCGGACAGAUCAAGGCGGUACUCUACUAGCGAUAGGAUUAUUAUUUAUUGUGCUGUAUUAGCUUAAUUAGAAUAACUACUCUCCUAUGAACUGUUACAAGAUUGGGAGUCUUCCUAAUCUUGAAAGGAGUAAUGCCAACAAAACAAUUAAAAUUGUAUAUGUAGGAACUAGCUGUUUUAACAGUAAACAAUUCAACAUCUUUAAAUCACUAUAGAGAAUAAGUAUUUAUUUAUUUAAAGACGGUGAUCGAGUAUUCUGAUGUUGUUAUGAUUUUGGAUAGUGAAUCAAGGUGUAGUUCUAAAACAAACAAAAUGCAAAAGGCUAAACAGUACAUCUGUCUUAUCGACGGUAAACAUUAGACAUUUUUAUGCGCAUGGAUUCGGAUUACCAUAUGCAGUAUUAAAAUCAUUAAAGUUUCUAAUUGGAUUUUAAUUUCGAGCUCUCUGAUGAAAAAAGGGUUAUGUUUUUUGCCUCAAGUAUUGCUUUUUUAAGUAACAAGGUAUACUUCACAAUUGUCUUAAUUUUUCUACUGUAUCUGGUAUUGAAACAAACAAAGAUAGGGCAACACAUUAUUCAACCGAGUCAUCAUCGUUCAUCAGAAAGAUCACACUUUCUAUUGGGUUACAGAUUGUUGAUUAAAUUAUCAUGAUAGCUAAUUUGCUUCUUCGUAUUAUUGAAAUUUGAACAAUCGUACAAAAUAGUCAGAACCUUUUUAGACAAAGAAGCUUUUGAAUUCAAUAAUCGUUAACCUAUAUAGAGACUGCGAUAACUAGGUUAGUAAUUUAUUUUAAAAUACAUCCAAUCUAAAUUAUUAUUGUGUAGAUGAAUUAGGUGCGUUGAAUGCAGUGUCUUUCUAUGCUAUCGUAUGUUUUGUUCAUACUUGAUUUUACAUUCCAAACGUUGUUUUUUAUCUAUUGACUGACUUUAUAAACAUUUACGUAAUUUGUAAUUCGGAUUUUUGAAGGAUAUGAACGGCGCUAUCUAUGUAAUCAUUCAUCGUCUGAAAUUAUGUUCAGAUAUCGGUAUUUUUAAAGUAUCAUUUCGAUAGCAUGCGUUUGAACUGUAUUCAUAUACUUUCAUACAUAAAAACAUUCUUUCAUCAGAUUAUCUCAACUCUGUUGUUCAAAUAUUUUAACAAAUGAUCAUCUAAUCAUUUAUUCGAGUGUGGUGAAUGACAGGCAUGAAUCUUCAUACAAUUUAAAACAAGUUUAAUUCGACACUUUCUAUGUCUGAUGCAAACAUGACUUGUAUGCACUAUUGAUGUUUUAUAUCUGCCAUCCCUCAAUACUCUUUUUCAUGUAACAAUUAUUUAUGUUUCCUGGUACUAAUAAAAAAUUUUAUGCAAAAUUA